CAGAACACGAGCCCUAAUUCUCUGGAGGGCACGCGAUGGGGCUCGCGAAGACGCUGCUUGGGCCGACUUUCAACUAUUUCGCCAGGCGCUACAAGGCCAAUGUGGAGAAGGAGCUCAGGAAAUUCGGGCUGAGAUACGAGGACCUGCUGGAUCCAAUGGGGGAUCCAGACCUGGAGGAGGCAUUGAGCCGCCUCCCACAGCACGAGCUGGACUUGCGAAACCAGCGGCUCAAGCGCGCCAUGGACCUCUCGAUGAAGCACACUCACCUCUCCAAGGAAAUGCAGGCGAAGCAAACUCCAUUCCUGCCAUACGUGCAGGAUCAGCUCCAACAGGUGAGAGCCGAGCGCAAGGAACGCGAAGCCUUGGGAUCCGACGUUCCAUACACUCGCGCGAUCUAGUCCUCUGGGCAUCGACAAGAAGAAAAGGAUCAAAGCACUCGUACUGUUUUGGACAAAUAAUGUGUGUUUCUUUCGACAUACCGAGGAGGUAACAUUCAAGCAAAGUUCGAUCUAAUGUAUUCCCGGUCUUGCUCAAAA